AUGUCGGACUCGAGUGACUCAAGCAGUGAUUCAGACGUCCUGCCGGACUUCUCCUUCUUGGAAUCAUGGGAUGAGGAGGCUGAGAAGGAAGCCGGGACCGGACGCACGAAGCGAAAAAGGUGUCCAAUGGGGAUGUGGUAUUACAACCUGAGCGAAAGACAACGACGGGCUGAGGAUGAAAGGAUAGCGCGCGAAUUGGCGCACGUGGAGGCUGACUUUCGCGAAGUCCAAAAGUUUGAGAUCACGGCUGGCCUCCCGGAGUCCUUUUGCGGGGCGCAUCUCCCGAGACGAGUAACUUUUCGACUGAUCGACGGCUCGAGCUCCGACGACGAAGGCGUGAGCGCGACUCGACGAUCAAAUCACAGGAUCCUGUCCAGCUCUGACGACGACAACGCUGCGAGCGCGCCCCGUACGCUGGAGGGCAGCGUCGCCGACAACAGUACGCUCAACAAAGACCCCAGUGAGAGCAGUUCAGGCGUCGUGCACCUCUCGAAAGACCGGGAGACGUCUGGCGCGUUGCUCUAUAGCAUCCUGGAGGAGGAGGCCGGUGGUGAGAGCGACGCGGGGCGCGCGUCCUCGUCCCUCACGAAAGCUGACGUUCUCCAGAGGAGGAGGAAAAGGAUCGAGGAGCGGCAGAAUCUCGUCGAGGAAAUGUCUUCCGGCAACCGCAGUUCCAGCGACAAGUCGACGCUGAAGCGAAGCAUUCUUCAGACGUUCGUCAUAACUCCGAAAUCCCGCAGGAUUUCAGGUCGUAACAGUUACGUCCCCAGGACGCUGUACGCUGAGGCUGCUCGGGCCACUCCUUCGCCGAAGUCCAGCAGCGAGGAAUCGUCGGCUAGCUUAGAGCAGCGCGAGCCUCGGCCUUUGUUCUACCUCUCCUCGGCGGCCAGCAGCUUCACCGAUGAACAGGCAAGAAGCACCAGCACGCCUGUAGGCAUCUUGUACUCCACCCCGCGGAGGGUAAUCUCCUUGCCAGACACCAGUGCUGCCCACGCGCCUCACUAUCCGCGCGGGGUGCUCGUCACGAAGGCAGCAAGCGCCGGCAGAACGCAGCGUGCGGGCCACCGUCGCCGCCGCGAGGUCCUGGACCGCGGGGAGACGCAGGUCCUCGCCAAAACACCCGAAGCAGGGUUCGCCGCAGCUGGUUCCAUUUUCCGGGGUGCGCAGCCGCCGACAAAGCCACCCAGCGCUGGCCUAAGACCAGUGCCGCUAGUUGUGACAAGCGACACCAGACCGCCGCAGGCUUCUCAGACGAGCGUUGGCUCGGCGAAUAGGAGCACCUUGAUCCGCAUCGGUAUCGGGGACAACCGUGAGCGAGUCCUGUCGUCCGAUGCAUUAUCACCGUCAUCAGCUAUUGUCAGCUUCUGCUCGCUAAGCCGUUCUUGUACUUCGGAAGUAGCACAGCAUACACGGACUGACCAGGCUGAAGAAACUCCGGCCGCUCAUGUUGAUGCAACGCCCGUGGACCUAAUCCAGCAGCUACUCAACAUCUGCGAACAGGAGGCUGCGGUGACGUUCGAAGUUGCACUGCGGCUCACUGAAGAUUGCCACAAGUGCCGCAAGCUAGGCGAAGGGUGCACAGCCGACGUGUACCUCCCCCAGAGGCCGAGCGGCGAGGAGAGCGCCGUCAAGGUGAUCCCUGUGGGCAGCGAACGGAACGUGUGGGGCGAGCUGCCUGUGCCCUUGGCCAGCAUCAUUGCCGAAGGUGUCAUAACGAGAGAGCUAAGCGACUUGCGCUUUGGUCAGCUGAACCAGUCAUCUAGUUUCAUCGAGCUGAAGGGGAUGUACUUUGUUCAAGGGACUUACCAUCCCGUUCUGGCCAAGAGCUGGGCGGAGUACGAUGUGCAGUGGUGCUCGGAAAACCCGGACCCCUCAAACUUUGAGGAAACCCAGUUCUAUGUACUGCUGGAUUUUGAGAACGGCGGCAAAACGCUGGAGCGCUUCAAGGGCACCAUCGAGCAGCUGGAGAGCGUAUUCCUGCAGGUGGCCUGCUCGCUGGCUGUGGCCGAGCCGGAGCUCGAGUUCGAGCACCGCGAUCUGCACUGCGACAACAUUCUGAUGAAACGCACCGAGCAGGACUGCGUCAAAUUCGUGCUGAAUGGCCGGAAAGUGCUGGUGCGCACUGCUGGCGUCAAGGCUUCCGUCAUUGACUACACGCUGUCGCGCAUGCGAAAAGGCGGGAACAUGUCGUACACUGACGUGUCGGGUGACACGGCGCUUUUCAAGGGCGCCGGCAGUUACCAGUACGACGUCUAUCGCAUCAUGAAGGACGAAAACGGCGACGACUGGGAAGCCUAUCACCCACACACCAAUGUGCUAUGGCUCUCCUACGUGCUGCAGAAGUUGUGGAACAAGCUCCCCAGGACGAAGCAGGCCGCGAAGGCGUCCACUAGUCGCGGCCGACUGGCCGCUUGGGCGGACGCAAUGCUGGCGCCGUCGGCUGAGGCGUUUGUGGAUGAGUACGUGGCUACCCAACUCCAAUGA